AUGGCGGGGGAGGGGCUGUGUUCCCGCCUGCUCCUCCCCUGUCCCCUCCCCCGCCCGCAGGAGCCCUUUGUGACCAGGCCACCCUCUGUGAUGCGGGCCUGCUGUGCUGUGCCCAAGCACAGGCCCAGAGGUCAGUUGCCUGAGGGUAGCAGUGCGGAUCAGACUAUGGAGUAUCCUCUCCUAUCUCUGAAAAGCAUUCUAGAUACCUGGCUGAGCUUCAGCUCCACUUCCUGGGGGUCUGCCAUCGUCACUGGCAUCCUGUGUGGACUGGGGCUCUUCCUCCUGUCACUCCACUUCCACCCAAGUGAUCUAUACUCACCACCACCUAGAAACAUCACAAAGCGUCACCUGCAGCCCAGGGAGAAGAACAGGAGGUGGAAGAGAGGCGCAGCUCUGAGAGCUUGCAGAGGUCGCCUGCGAGAACAGGAGGUGGCAAGCAGCCUGAUACCACAGGUAGAAUGGUAAUGAAGCUCACCCUUCUCUCUCGGGUUCUUCCUCCCAGACCCUGUAAUGGGACUCCAGGGCUGCCGCAGCCUGGGGCUGACCUGGGAGGGGCAGCCAUGGGGACAGGGGUGGGUACAGUCUUGGGGGGUGGGACAACAGGAGCACCAUGAAGUCAGUGUGGGGGCUGCAGAGGGCCAUGGGCCCCAGAUGCACACCCCUGCCUGGCCUCCUUGGCGCUCUUGGCCCCGGCUGCUCCUGGCUGCAGCUUGGGCCUUCUGUCUUCUUCAGCCACCUGAGCAGGACCUCUGACAGGAGCGGCGAU